ACACCACUCACACUGCUGCAAGACACCAGGGUGUCUCUGUCUCUGUCUCUGUGUGGGUCUCUCAGUGUGUGUCGGUCAGUCUCUCUUGAGGUUCGGCCUCUCUCGGCAUCUCUCUCCAAGGAAUCACUACUUCCAGAGGAUUCAGCCACGGGGUGUCCACCAGAGAUCCCCCAGCAGCAGCCCAGCCAGCAGGCCCGCAACCAGCCUCCCAGCCAGCCAACCAGCCAGGCUCGUCCAUCUUGAACGUUCUCUCCAGAGGCAUCAAAACUGCCAGGCUUUUCUCCCUCCAAGACUCCUGAAAAGCUCAUCUGAAUCUGAAUUACCUUGCCAAUCUCUGGAGGACACAACAGAACUUUCUGCCGAGAUAUCAGUAUUACCACAACUACAGAUCCAACACAACAUCCACAACUCAGCAACUGUAGCCAUCACCAGCACCACCAUCACCCCUACCACCACCACAUCCGCCAUGGACAUCUUCUCCUCCUCCUCGCAGGUCUUCUACGACAGCAGCGGCGGGGCGUGCAGCGCCUCCUCUCCCGAGGGCCUAGACUUCGGCUCCGCCGCCGAGCUGGCCGCCGGUUCCUCGGAGGACGAGCACGUACGGGUCCCGGGCGGCGGCGGCGGUCCGGGCCACCAGCCGGGCCACUGCCUCCAGUGGGCCUGCAAGGCCUGCAAGCGCAAGGCCAGCACCGUGGACCGACGCCGGGCCGCCACCAUGCGCGAGCGCCGGCGCCUGAAGAAGGUGAACCAGGCCUUCGAGGCGCUGCGCCGCUGCACCUCGGCCAACCCCAGCCAGCGGCUGCCCAAGGUGGAGAUCCUGAGGAACGCCAUCCAGUACAUCGAGAGCCUCCAGGACCUGUUGCAGGAGCAGGUGGAGUGCUAUUACGGGCUGCCCAGCGGAGCGGCCGCCGCCAUGGUGACUGGGGUCGGUGGCGUCGGUGCCGGGGAGAGCGGAUCGGAGCCGGCGAGCCCGUCGUCCAGCUGCUCCGACAGUAUGAUUGACUGUAACAGCCCGAUGUGGACCCAGAUCAAUGCACAUUACGGAAACGCAUACAGCUACGAGACACAGAAUGCCAUGGUGGACAGGUCCAGCCACCACGGCGCAUCGUCCAGCCUGCAGUGCUUAUCCAGCAUCGUGGACCGUCUGUCCUCGGUGGAGGCGGCAACGGCGGCGGCGGCAGUGGCGACGGGCCCUCUGGCCGUCGUGAGGGAUAUGGUUACCCUCUCACCCACCGGCUCCACCACAGACUCGCCCCCCGCUACGCCAGACAGCGUAGGCACAAGACCGGUCUACCACGUGCUGUGAGGUGGCUGCAGCCAUCAGAGCCAGGGAGGGGAGUCUGUGUUUUUUAACGUGUGUGUGUGUGGGAGAGUAUGGGGGUGAGUGUUGCCGAGGGUAUGUUUGCACGAGUCUGAGCGAGCGCAUGUCCGUGUGUGUGUGUGUGUUUGCGUGCGAGAGAGAGGGUGUGUGUGUGUGUGUAUGCAUGUGUGUCUGGGUGUGAAGUGUGUCGAGUUGAGGGGGUUGGGAAAUGCUACAGAGUCUCAGCUUCCCAUUUGCCUGCCUUUCUGCCUGCCUACCUACCUUGCCAUCAAACUACACAGGCUGAGUCAGUCGCCCACACAGCACCUCUCAUGUUCAGAAGGGCUUUUGUGCGUGACUAAAAUAGUUGUCAUGUUAAACUCACACAGUGGGAGAGAAAGACAAAACAAGAAAAAAAAUAUUGCUUCAGCAUGCACAAGUUACGUGCUACGAAACAAGCCUAUAUCAUGCUAAAUCAAACAGGUGGUUUGAAAAAAAACAUUACAGAUAUUGUCUUAUAUGUCUCAACCAAUGCCAAGAAUUAAGCAACUCAUGUAAUCUCGUUAAUCAUUGUGAUGUACAUAAAAUUGUAAAUAUGUAUUUUAAAUGACAAUAAUAAUUUUGUAUUCCUUUUCUGUAUCAAAUCUGUCAUAUUUAAUUGAGCAUUUCUUGGCCUUGCCUCGCCUUCACUUAUUUUUGUUAACUAUAAAUCGGUUGUAUUUAAAUGAUUGAAUUCCUUGCAUUUCUGUCAU